AGCCAUUUAUUCUGGACCAACCAGGCUGAUCUCUCGAUUCCUCUCUAUCUCUGAUCUCUCGGCUCACUCAGUGAUCAUCAUCUCAUUCUAUAAAUAGCACGCAAAGCAAGUCCCCAGCCACAUCAACAAGGAUUCCCUACCCCUUUCUCCGGGAGUUUUGCACGUCUUUCGGUUAACUCUCACUGUCUUCAUCCCUUGAUUUCCUUUUUUCCCUCUUAACCGUAUAUCUUUAUCUAGUUUAAAUCAAGUUCUUGGUACAUAGAAGGUCUGCCUCCUGGUUGUCAAAGUUCACACAUUUAUAAUUUGUAUUAAUCUCCUCGAUCAUCUCUUCUAUAAAGAUCAAUACAUCCUUUGGUCUCUGUGUCUCUCAAUCUUACUGCAACUUUCUGUGUAAAUUGAUCGAAAGAUGGCAAAGGUCGUCAGCCUGUUGAUCAUGAUAGGCCUCCUCCUCUGCUCCACGCUGACCUACGCUUCACGUCCAGAGCCUGGGUUUGCUGAUGCAACUCCUGCGAAUACCCUUCAUGCGGAUGAGUCGACGGACGUUCAUGAUGCUGUGGAUGGGAGUUGUGAAGGAAUUGGAGAGACGGAAUGUUUGACAAGGAGGACUUUGGCUGCUCACCUCGACUAUAUCUACACCCAGAAGGAGAAUCCAUGAAAUUCUCAUGUCCUCGAUCGUUACUUGUUCAUGUCAUUUGUGGAAUAUGUAAUAUUAAUUACUUGAUAUGAUAUUAAUGUACGUUUCUUAA